AUGACUGCUGCGGGAGUGCGACCAGACGUGAUCAGCUACAACGCGGCCAUCUCUGCGUGCGAAAAGGCUGGCCAAUGGGAGAAGGCGGUUUCGUUGCUGUGCGAGAUGCCGGAUGCUGGAGUGCAGCCAGACAUGGUCAGCUACAGUGCGGCCAUCUCAGCCUGCGAGAAGGCUGGCCGGUGCGAUGAGGCGCUGUCGCUGCUGCGCGAAAUGCCUGCUGCGGGAGUGCAACCAGGCGUGAUCAGCUACAACGCGGCCAUCUCAGCCUGCGAGAAGGGAGGCCGGUGUGACGAGGCGCUGUCACUGUUCCAAACGAUGCGAGAGGACGACGUGCGACCAGACGUCAUCAGCUACAACGCAGCCAUCUCUGCGUGCGAGAAGGCUGGCAUAUGGGAGAAGGCGCUGUCGCUGCUGCGCGAGAUUUGCGAAGCUCGUUCAGCGACCAGUCUCCGCUCGCUCGGCGAGGCGACUCGCGACCACGCCCGGAGCGGCCGCCCUGCCGAGUCAAUCGGAUUCGGCAUCGCUCCGCUGAUUGCGACGAGCAUUGUGGGGUUGGCACUCCCAUCGACCCUCAUGACCUCCUGCGGUCUCUGA